AUGGUGGUGAACCACAACCUACCCAUGGAACUUAAUGGGGAGCUUGCAGACAAAGAAAGGUAUCAACAGCUCGUGGGCAAAUUAAUUUAUCUCUCUCACACUCGCCCUGAUAUAGCUUAUGAUGUUGGAGUGGGAAGUCAGUUCAUGCACCAACCACAAGUUGCCCACAUGAAAGCAACUCAGAGAAUUUUAAGGUAUCUCAAGGGAACCGCAGGCCAUGGAGUGUUGUUCAAAACAAAUGGACAUUUAAAUGUUGAGCUCUACACUAAUGCAUACUGGGCAGGAGAUAAAGGAAACCGAAGGUCAACAUCAGAAUACUUCUCCUUGGUCGGUGGAAACCUUGUUUCCUGGAGAAGUAAGAAGCAGAAGGUGGUCGCUCUGUUGAGUGCAUAA